AUGUCUUCAACAACAGAUUCAGCUGAAUAAUCAUAAAACAUACAAUUAUCAAGAAGAAAAAUUCCAAAUAAAUAAUUCUCAUUAAGUCCUUUUGCUUUAAAAAAAUAAGAACUUAUGAAUAAGAGAAGUUCAUCCUACUAUUCCCAUAAUAUCAGUAUUUCUAAAAUUAAACCAGUGAUUGAUUAUAGAUCAAAAUUUAAACUAAAUACAAAAAAAUUGAUCAUAAUUAUGAGUUUUUUUUAAUCACUCUCAUAAUAUUCAAAGGAAUAACUAAGAUAACGUAUUGAAUAUUUCAAAUAAAAAAAAUAACAUAUCUUACCAUUUUAUCCUGAUCAAUACUUUAUAAUAAAAUGGAAUUCAUUCAUUUAAUUACUAUUAUUCUUAUAUGCAAUUAUAUUCCCUUUAUAAUUGUCUAAUCAAAUUAAUAUAGAUUAAAUAUUAUUGGGAAUAGAUAUAAUCUUUGCAAUUGAUAUAAUUAUGAAUUUCAUAACAGCAUAUAUAGAUGAAAAUUAUAAUUUAGUUAAAGAAUUUAAAUUAAUAUUACUUAAUUAUCUUAAAACUUGGAUGAUCUUUGAUCUCAUAUCAUUACCUUAAUAUUAAUUAUUCAUUUAAUAAUCAGAACUUUAAUUAUUUAAACUUUUUAGAUUAAUCAAAUAUUUUAUUAAAAAACCCUAAAAAAACUAUAAAGGAUAAAUCUUUUACACAACCAAUAUUAUAGAUUCGUUCUCUUAAGAUACUAAUUAUUAUUUCUCAGAAGGAUGGAUAUUUCUAUCUAAUAUCAUUCUGAAUGCCUUACUCCUUAUACAUAUUUUUGGAUGUAUUCUUCUAUUUAAUGACUCAGAUUUUGAUUAUAUUACUGGAGUAUAUUGGUCCUCAUAAACAUUAUUUACUGUAGGUUAUGGUGAUAUACCAUAGAAUUAUUCAAUAUCAGUUAUUUGGAUUAUAAUUUCAAUUGGAUAUUAUUCAGUCAAAGUUGGUGAUUUUGCUAAAUUAUUAAUGCAAUCUAAUCUAUCUAUUGAUGAUAAUUAAUAUUACUUAUUUGAUCGUUUAGCAUUCUAAACUAAAAUGCCAGAUGAUCUAAAAGAUUCAGUCUAAAAAUAUAUAAGAACAAAUGCUUAACACAAUUAAUUUUGGGAAUAGGAUAUACUUUUUAUGGUAAAUGAAUUUCACAAAAAUAUUCAAACAUAUUUCACAUUAAGUGUAAGAUUAGAUUUAUGUAUUAAAAUUCAAUUCUUUCUAUAAGAUGUUAAUCAUACACAAAGUCUUUUGAAAUCAUGUAGAUUUAUAACUUAUGAGAAAGACGAAGUAAUUUAUAGAAAAGGAUAAAUCUCUGAUGAAAUCUAUUAUUUAAUCAAAGGUGAUGUGAGAAUUCUUUCAAAAAAAAGAUUUAAUUUAUUAACAAUAUUGUAAGGUACAAUAUUUGGAGAAUUUGAAGCUUUAAAUGAAUAGCCUCGAUUUACUUAUGCUGUAGCUCAAUAGAGAUCUUAUAUUUUAAUAGUUUAAUUUAAAUCCUUUAUUUAAUGUUUUAAAUAGAGUAAACUUAUUAAUUUUGAAGUAUCAUAAUUGUAUGCAAGAAGAAAGUAAUUGAUACUUUAAUAGUUUAAACUUGAAAAAAGUAUAAAAAUAAUUAAUUUAGAUAAAAAGUUGAGUUACAAAGAUUGAAACGAAAAAAUUUAAUCAUUUUUUAAGACAACGACAUUUCACCUAAAUUCAAUAAGAAAAAGAUAGAUGAGAAUCAAUUAUAAACUAAUUAAUCUUUUCAUUAUAACUUUUUAUAAAAAAUCAUAGGACAAGCUUAACUUAACAAAUAAAUAGUAUUUUAGAGAUUCUAAUUUUGUGUAAAUAGGGUGAUUGAUUAUAUAAGAUAAAUAGACAUAACACCACCUGAAGAUUGGAAGGAUUUAAAUGAAUAUUACACAAUCACAAAAGUUAUUCCAUUGAAACUUUUAUAAUAAAGAAAUUCACUUUUUAAAUAAUAAUAAAAUAGAUAAUCUAAUUUUUCAAUAUUAUCAUUUAACAAGAAAUUAAGAUUAUCUAAUUAUAUAUUAGUAAGAUAAUAGGAAAUAAAUAUUUAGAGGAAAAUAAUCCUUUAUAGCAAAUUGUAGAGGGAUAGAUUCAUAUCAUUAAAAUAAAUCUUUAAUAAAUAUUAGCAUACAUUUGGAAAUGAAACAAAUGUAAUUAAUUUUAGUAGUUCUUCAAAGAUUGUUUUAUUAUAAUCCAAAUAUUAUUAAUUAAGAAAUCUAAAAUAAAAUGAAGAGAUAAAAGUUAAUAACAAUAUUGUACAUAACAUAAAUAAACUUAAUUAAGAUUUUUAAAAUAUUAAUUAAAUUUGGUUAUAAGGAUCAUUACUUAAAUUUGAUUUGCAUAAAUUUUUGAAUUAAAUUUGA